AUGGCGUCUACUGCAGAAGAAACCCCCUUGUUGCACAACCAGCAAAACCCGGCGUCCCCGCGGGCGAGUCGGACGUCGCGGUCGGUGUCAUUUAACCCUCUCACGACAAUCAGUACUUAUGGCGGCACCUCCGCGGAUCCCACCUUUCGCCCUCUACAGGCCAGCUCUCCUCCAGUGCAAAGUGUCAAUGCGCAAGGUGGCUCUCCUCGGCCUUCUAGCCAGCCUAUGCUGUCGGCAUUGAACAGCAAGCUCCGACGACGCAAUAGUCAUAUGGCUCCAUUGAGUACGACGCAGAACAUCGCCAGCGCCCCGAAGAUUGGACCACAACGUACGACCAAGAAGGCCCAGAAAUUGAAAUUAUUACCAGACCCUAUUACUGCGGAAGAUGAGGAAGAAACUGACGGAGAAAAUCCGCGCGAUGUCUAUUCACAGAUCACUCGUAUCAAAGAACCGGCCGCGCGAAGCCACGCUGCUCGAUUGGGCAAGGCCGACCGUGACCGCAUUCCUCGGGUGACUGCAUAUUGCACUGCCAACUCAUAUCGCUUGGAAGGAGUCAUCAAAUUUCUGAAGUCUAGGGCAAAGACUCGCGGGGCCAAUCCUAAACUCUAUGACGAAUGUGUCUAUUCCGGCUUCGACUAUCAAUACGAAGAAAAGCAACAACAAGCCAGAUUCCCCAACUCCGGAAACAAUGGGCAUCAUGAAAGGAGAACCAGUGAGCGCAGAUAUUCGGACAGUGCUGUGGAGGUGGAGGAUAACACGAAGUCCCGAAGAGAAGAUUUCAUGGAUUUUCGAGAGGACGCAACUGCUCAUACCAGCGACAACACAGAACAAGCAAUCGUUACAUCACCUGCGGAUGAGCAAUUCCAUAUUGAUACCACGAUCCACAGACCUGAAGUUUUCCUGUUUGACUAUGGUACUGUUGUCAUAUGGGGUAUGACGCCUUCACAAGAAUCGCGCUUCUUAUCCGACAUAUCAAAAUUCGCCUCCUCUAUAUUGAGCCCGGACGAUACUCAGGUUGAGAACUUCAACUUCUACUAUGCACGCGAAUACCAGGCUAGGAUAUACAACGAUUUCAUCUCCCUCCGCGACCCGCGCAACCAUAUGAUCAAGUUGGCAAUCUCACAUGCUCUCGCUCAAUCGGUCAAAACCUCUCUGUUUGAGGACCUUGUUUCGGAAACCAUUUCAGAUACGGCUCCAUUACCCGCUCAGAUUGCGCAGACCGGUAGUGUCAACUUGACACGAAAACAAAUCAACAUGCAGAUUGGAGAGUUAUUUAUCCUGCGAAUCAACAUCCAUCUUCAAGGUUCUGUUCUAGACAGCCCAGAGCUUUUCUGGGCAGAACCCCAGCUGGAGCCUGUGUACCAAGCUGUUCGAAGCUACCUUGAAAUGGACCAAAGAGUUAGUCUACUUACUGAACGACUUGAUGUCAUUGCCGAUCUUCUUGCUGUACUGAAGGAUCAAUUGACACAUCGUCAUGGUGAAUACCUUGAAUGGAUUGUUAUUGUCUUGAUCGCCGCAGAGAUCCUUGUUGCCGCUAUCAAUAUUGUCGUUGAUCUUUACGCCGGCGUGGAUUGA